AUGGCUGCUCGAGAAGCCUCUAAAUGUGCAACGAAAAUAGUUCGACCAUUAUUAUCAUCUGAUAAAUCAGAAGCUAAAAAAAGAGUUUUAAAUUUAUAUAAAACAUAUUACAGGCAAAUUCCUUUGAUGUUGUUUGAUCGCCAUUUACCCGUUUCAAAAGAAGAAUGUCAAAUUAAGUUGAAAGAAGAAUUCUUAAAAAAUAAACACAUUACUGAUGUUAGAGUCAUUGAUAUGUUAGUUAUUAAGGGUCAGAUGCUGUUGCAAGAAAUUGUUACCAAAUGGGCUCAGGACUGUCAUAUAAUGACAUUAUUUAAAGAUACUGUUGAGCCAAAGCCAAAUGAUUUUUUGUCAAAAUUUGUUAAUAAUAAUGACUCUCAAUAG